AUGCAGGUGAUCUCUGACGAGAAACGAUAUAGGGUCAACAUGGCAGCGUGCCAAGGUCUGAGCGUGGUUCGUGAAGCGCAGGCCCAAGGGGUCUGUGCUUCAGAGCUGGUCCCCGGCCACCUCCCAAACGAGGAGGUGGAAGCUCGUCACGGGCACCGGGCAGGGGGCAAGGACCGCAGCCGCGAAAAGCACAAACAAAGCUUGGCCCGCCCGCGCCAAGCACCAGCAGCCGCUAAAUGGGACUGGGUGGGCACGAAAGGGCGUGUGCGGGCCCAAGGCCCCUGCUGGCGGCCAUCUUGCCCAAGUCCCGACAGCUGUAACGCAGGUGCAGAGUGUCCGGUGCAUCUGCGACUGCAAGAAGUUCACGGCCACAACACGAGCCGUACCUGCGAGCCAUGCUCGCUGAGGGGCCGUUCCACCCCUUUAGCAGGCACGCAAACCUCAACGAGGUUUCGAAACGCUUCGGGAGAGAUGUUCCGGCGGACUACCCCUUGCCGGUAUAAGCCCGGACCAUGUGCGGAAAGCCAAGCACACCUGCCGCCGGCCCGAUUGCCCCUUCAAGGGCACGGACCGGUCCCGCCGCACAUCUUGUGGGGCGAAGAAGAAGCGGCACCAGGGCCACCGAUCCGCCUUCCACUGGAGGAGCGGAUCGCUGAAGCGUUUGAUGGCCUGAACAUGGAUCAGGAGGGCUGA